AUGAGAAGUAAGCAUAUCCGAUUGCACUCAAAGACAAGGAAUAAGCACGGCAGAGGUGGAUUACAGAGAUUGACAGGCAGAAUAACCUCACACCUGACAAUUUUUUGGAUCAAUGAAACUGCUAAGACAACUUGGGAGAAAGAGAAACAAUACAGAUACAUCAUGCCCUUCAACAACAGUUCCAUUUUCAACGACACUUAUACAUCACUCACAAGAAAUUCAAUCAGAUCCACGGAUAUCCCAACUUCAAAUCAACAAGUCAAUCCAAAUUUAAACCUUCCAACAAAAACAAAAAACAAAAUCAAGCUCAUUCGAAUCUCACAUUCACCGCGGACUCCGAUUCAGUUGAUGCAAGGCGGGAACCAUACUUUCCGCCAUAAACGACGACGACGCCGUUUACAUCUCGCAAGCGACGCCGACGCCGCCGCCGGCGGAGAUAGUUCCCGACCUGCACCAAGCGAGUCAGAGGCCGCCGCAAUCGACGCAAAUCCAUAA